UUAGUCAAUCCUCCUUGCUCAGGUAUUUCAUUGUCAAUGUUUUUUCACCGCGUCGGAGAGAUUUUUUAUUGUUUAUUGUAGAUAAAAUUAGAACAUGGCCGGCUACGACACGCAUAAUGAUGGGCCUGGAUUUGUUGGGAUCAGGUUUUGUCAGGAGUGCAAUAAUAUGUUGUACCCGAAGGAAGAUAAGGAGAAUAAAGUGCUGAUGUACGCAUGCAGGAAUUGUGAUUACAAACAACUGGCUGACAGCAAUUGCAUUUAUGUCAAUAAGAUUAUGCACGAGAUUGAUGAAUUGACACAUAUUGUUGCCGAUGUAAUCUCUGACCCAACACUUCCAAGAACCGAGGAACAUCCUUGCCCCAAGUGUAACCACCGAGAGGCUGUAUUCUUCCAGGCCCAAACCCGAAGAGCCGAAGAGGAAAUGAGACUUUAUUACGUCUGCACCUCGGUCCACUGCUCUCAUCGUUGGACUGAAUAAACAAUUCUUCACAUUUGCCUCUUAUUUAAUAAUUAAUUAAGUGAUUUCCAUAAGUCUAAAGCUCUCCUGUAAAUAGAAAAAAAAAUAAAUUGCACUUUAUAAUUUGAUUGGA